AAGAUAGUUAUAUUCCGCGGGUUGCAUGUGAGACAGACAUUGCUACCGUAUUUUGUUGCAGCCUAAAUGUCAAUAAAGCAACGUGGAUUAGCUCCGUUGUUUGAUUCUCCGCCUCCGACUCCUUCCCUAGCUCGCCAUGACCGAACAAAAUGGUGAUGUCACGUACCGUAAUGGUCGACAACGGAUUUUAUUGUCUCCAUCCUUGUACCCGUUUAUAAUGGGCACCAUGAUUUUACAAUUUGAAUUUGGGGAAAAAAGUGCGCGUUAUAUUCGGGAAAUCACUGUAUAUAUUUUAUUGAUCUGUUGAUUCAUGUGUGGUUUGCAUAAUGAGAAAGUGUUCUUUGAAUUAGAGAACUAAGAUACUACCAAACAUGGGCAAUUAUGGGGAAGUAAUCUCCACUGGUGGUAAAGCAAAACUGUGUAGCUGUUAGAAGUUGAAGGUCCCACACAAAGGGUGAGUGAGCAUCAAACAGAUUACCUUAAUUGCUGAAGUGGCAAUCUGGAGGUGGUGCAGUCUCCUUAGGGUGCUUUCUCGAUCUGUGAAGUAUGAAGCUGCUAGCUGAUGGAGCAGCUCCAGAGAGACCACAGUAGUGUUGCUGUUGCCUUCUGACUUCUUGUUCAGCUUUUGUUUGUCCAGGAAAAUGGUCAAUGACUCUUCCCCUAAGAAUAGAACAAUCAAUCAGACCAACAAAAAAGUAGCGAAUCAUGCAAUCUUCUUUAUUUAUUUGUAAUAUUUAUGUAUUUCAGCAACACAUUUUAUCAACAUUUUAUUGAACAAACUACAGAUUUCAUAGGGCACACCAUAACGCUUUGUGUACUAGUAUAAUCAAAAUGUCUUAAAAUAGAGUUAUCGUUCACAAGUAAGAUUAUCUAUUUGCAAAUAUAUCACACUGUAUAGAUAUUUCAGUACAGCUUUUUCUUUUUUCAAUGUGUUUUUUCUCAUCCUGUUCAGCUGCUUAGGCACAGAGAUUGGCCAGUCUGAGUGUCUUCAUGAAAUGGAACAGUUUAAAUAUGCCACAUGGGAGUUUGGUGGAGUCCUAUUGGGGUUAUUUACUAUAUUCUGACCUUUAUUCAGAAAAUGCAGCUGGAACAGAACAGAGGGAAAAGUGAUUUAGAAACAUGAUUGACUAUAUAUGCAAUUGAAUGUAAGUGGCAUUGCUACCGCAAUAUGACUACUCUAACCAAGGGGACACCUCGUGGGAAGGGUAUACAGAAGGAUAAAAGGAAGGAAGACUUGUCAGAUAGGAGUGUAAUGGAGUGUGAUGAAGGAGAGUACGCGAGCAACCUUAGUAAGGUGUCGUGGGGAACCUAGUAUUGGGACAAAUUACUCAUGAGUAUUAUUGCGUCGACAUUCUACGUUAGAAUGUGAUCACUAAUCCUGGAAUCAACAGUUUUAUUUACCAGUAUGUGUCUAGUGGUAGUCGUCUUGCGUGUACCCACUCUAAUGUGUGUGUUACUCAUGUGUAGAAUGUAACUGCUGUAGGAGCCGUCAGACAGGCCUGGCAUCACUGUUAUGGGCAGGAGCAGACAAAGUGCGCCCCUCUGCCUGUGGCCAUAUUUGAUGGAACACUAUCCAUGCCCCAGGUCCCAUGGUGGUCCACUUGGUCAUCCAAGUCGCCACUAACCAGCCCUCAGGAACAGGACAAGGGAGUACUAAACCACCACCCUAUGCCCACACCCACAACCUCAUACCAGUCCCCGCCGCCAUGCUACCCCCACACCCACCACGAAGCGGAGCGGGCCCCCCACCUCACCCAUGGCCCAGCGUAGGAGUGGACCCCCAUCCAGGGAGAGCAACAUUCCCCCAACCCUCUGGCGCGAGCAGCACGCCAACCACCACUGGGGCCCAAGCAGAACACCAGGACAGAGUGGAUGAAAUGUGGGCAAAGAGAGGCGUACAGAGAAAACAAAUGAAGUAAAAGACAGAUUUGAGGUCAGUAAUACGUACAUGUUCAAUGUUGCUGCUUCUAGUGCAGAAUUGGAAAAGUCAUACAUUUUUUCUUUACAUUUUACAUGGAAGUUAUUUAUUUAAUGUCAAUAUCUUGUGAAACUGAACAAUACAUAUUUUAAAUCUGAAAAAUGUGGCCUUGUAAAUCUUUGCCAAGCUGAAGCUUGAAAAAAAAUUAUAGUCCUCAAUCAAUUCCCACUUUAUA